AUGGAAAAAGUCCUGGAUACUGCAGAAAUUCUGGAUAUGAUCCUAGCUCGGAUGGACAUGCGCACGCUUCUCACAUCUGCUCAACGAGUGUGUCACAGCUGGGCGAACCUGAUCAGCAAGUCUCCCUCAAUCCAAAAGGCACUUUUCUUCACUCCGAUCAAGGACUCUGAAUGGGGGAUGGGAGAAGCGAUACCGAACCCGCUCUUAGCGGAGACUUUUCCUUCUAUCUUUCCUGCGAAGAACCGAUGGAGUUACUAUCAAUUCGAUUUUUCCGACCUGAUCAUGACUAAAAACAGCUCAACUAUGGCUCACUUUCUACGAAAGGACGCAAGCUGGCGCAAAAUGCUAGUCCAACAGCCUCCCGCCUCGGAUAUUGGACUUCUCCAUGUUUGCCACGCAAUGAUGGGUGAUUUUGCCGGAAGCUCCAGUCUCUCGGCGGAUAAAAAGAUGCAAGAAUCCGGAUAUGAUGGUAUUCGGAUGGAAAGGGUCUUCGAGCUGUUGCUCACCCUUCGUUUCACAGAGUUUACAACAGCACGGGUGUAUUGGUCUACUGAAGAGCCGAUAUUAUUCCAAGGGAGCUCUCAGAAGAACAUCUGCGAUGAAUUCCAUCGGAUCAUACGCAAGUAUGGCUUGGUUCUUUAUACAGGGGUGGUGAUUCAGUGCGAUAUGAGCAACGGUCUUCCAAAUACCGCGGACCUGAUCAAGGAGAAGAUUAUCACAGCAUAUGGAGAACACGGUUUGGAUUUUGAUGGCAAAAGGAAGGACAUUGAAGAAUCUAAGGGCGAAGUCACUGGCUUCACUAAAGAACGACCACUGUAUUUGGGCCAUAGUCCUUCAGCACCUUAUCGUCCUUCAUCACCUCAUGGUCCUUCAGCACCUUGUUGGAAAUGA